AUGAAUGCAAUGGCAAAACUUCUGGAUGGAAGGCAGUGUAGCAAGGAGAUCGAGACGGAGCUCAAGAAGGUCAUUUCAACCCUCAAUCUGAAAGCUACGCUCGUGUUGCUGCUUGUUGGUACUAAUCAUGACUCGAAGACGUAUAUUCGUCUUAAAAAGAAUGCCUGCAUACGCAUUGGUGUCACACCACAGGUGCACGAGUUGGCUGAGUCCAUCAAAUUCACUGAGCUUUCGGCUUUAAUUCAAUCGUUCAACACCAAUAAAACCAUACAUGGUAUUUUAUUACAGCUGCCACUUCCUGAUGCUUUAAAAUCUUACGAAGAUGAGCUACUAGAGUCCAUUAGUCCUUUUAAGGACGUUGAUGGACUGCACUCGCACCACUUUGCUCGACUUGCAGAACCGAAGACAAAAAAUAACCUAAAUCAGGAGUUACGAUUGGAACCUUGUACACCUGCGGCUUGUCUUGAGAUAUUGGCUCGGAAUGGCAUCGAGCUAGCUGGCAAAGACGUAACUGUCCUCGGCCGUGGACGGCUUGUCGGUUUACCGCUGUCGCUUAUGCUCCUGGCAGCUAAUGCUACAGUGACAACAUGCCACUCAAAGACGAAGAAUUUGCCUGACAAGAUUCGACAAGCUGAAAUUGUCUUUAUCGGAACGGGUCAGCCAGAGCUGGUGAAGGGUGACUGGCUUGCUAAAGGGGCUGUAGUUGUGGAUAUCGGGAUCAACUACGUCGAUGAUACUAGUAAUCAGAAGGGAUACAGGAUUGUAGGUGAUGUCAAUUUUGCUGCAGCCAGUGACCGCGUCUCCGCAAUCACGCCAGUGCCUGGUGGCAUUGGACCUAUGACUAUUGCGAUGCUCAUGCAGAACACGGUGAAAUGCGCCAAGUUUGCUGCAUCUUGCAAUUGA